AUGAGUAGCGACGGUGUUGGUGGCCGCUUCUGGCGCAAGCAGAAACUCGGCUCAAGGGACUUCACUCUUCAAGAGCGCAGAGCAACAGGUGAGGGCGAAGUAGAUGUCGAGGCCGAGGAGGGUAGCAUUCGCCAAGGAGUAUCGACAGAGUAUCGCACUUACAAACGACGUUGGUUUGGUCUCGCUCAGCUUACGCUGAUGAAUAUUAUUGUGUCGUGGGAUUGGAUGACCUUUGCACCAGUAGCAUCACAGGCUGCCGAAUACUAUGAUCACUGCAUUCUUCCUUGCAUUUGUGGCGUUUUUCCCAUCAGCAUUGCCAUCCUCCAUCGGGGUCCGAAGCUGGCCUUCAUGACAGCCGCCGUUCUCAUUCUCAUUGGCAAUUGGAUUCGAUACGCCGGUUCUACAAAGUCCAGUGGUGGAAAUAUCGCCUAUGCCAUGGCCGGAGAGAUUAUCAUUGGAUUUGCCCAGCCUUUUAUUCUUGCAGCACCAACUCGAUACUCGGAUUUGUGGUUCACUAACCGUGGACGUGUCGCUGCAACAGCUCUGACAAGUCUGGCCAACCCCUUCGGUGCAGCAUUUGGCCAACUAAUUACACCACUCAUGGUUAAAAAAGCUGGCGAUGUGUCAAACAUGGUCCUCUACAUCUCCAUCAUUUCAACGGUUUGUGCCGUGCCUGCCUUCGCCGUUCCAGCCAAACCUCCUUCACCAGUUGGUCCAGCAGCUGAGACCCCUAAACUCAGUCUCCGCGAAUCCUUUGGGGUUUUGAGUCGUUCUCUCGAGAUCUGGCUGAUCCUUGUUCCCUUCUCCAUAUAUGUCGGCUUCUUCAACUCGAUUUCUUCACUUCUCAAUCAGAUCUUGUCGCCAUAUGGCUUUUCUGACGACGAAGCUGGCAUCGGCGGUGCUGUACUUAUUGUUGUUGGUCUCAUCGCCUCCGCUAUCUCGUCACCCAUUAUCGACCGCACGAAGAGUUUCCUCUUGACUCUCAAGAUUCUUGUCCCCAUUGUUGGCGUCAGUUACCUGGUCUUUGUUUGGAUGCCUGAAACGAGGGAUAUUGCUGGUCCCUACGUAGUCCUCGCCAUUCUGGGUGCCUCCUCCUUUUCGUUGGUGCCUAUCGCACUAGAAUUUCUCAUCGAACUCAGCCACCCACUCAGUCCCGAAAUCACUUCAACUUUGGCGUGGGCUGGUGGCCAGCUGUUCGGCGCUAUCUUCAUCAUCAUUAGCGAUGCGCUCGUUGCUGAUAAGGAUGCGAGCCCUCCGAAGAACAUGAAGAAUGCCCUGAUCUUCCAAGCAGUUGUGGCUCUUACCGUAGUGCCCCUGCCUUUGUGCCUGGGGCUUUUUGGGCGGAAAGAAAAGACGAUGCUUCGACGUGUUCGCUCAGAUGAACAAAACCGGUCGGACACGACUGUAACGACUAACGCAUGA